AGAGCCAAGAAAUCUUUCACCUGCACUCAGUGUGGAAAGAGUUUCACAUACAAAACAAGUCUUGAGCAUCACAUGAGAAUUCAUACUGGAGAGAAGCCAUUCACUUGUGAUCAAUGUGGGAAGAGUUUUACACAAUCAGCACACCUUACGGCACACAUGAGAGUUCAUACGGGAGAGAAACCAUUCACUUGUGAUCAGUGUGGAAAGAGUUUUGCACACACAGCAAACCUUAAGGACCACAUGAACUUCCACACUGGAGAGAAGCUGUACACAUGUGAUCAGUGUGGCAAAAUAUUUUUCUGGGCUUCAGGCCUGAAGCAGCACCUAAAAGUUCAUACAAAGGAGAAGCCACAUUCAUGUUAUUUGUGUGGAAAGAGUUUUUCAUGUCUGCAAUAUUUAAAAGUACAUCAGAAAAUACAUACUGGUGUGAGAGAGUACAUGUGCUUUGAGUGUGAAAAGACUUUUAACUCAGCAAAGUGUUUAAAACUGCACGAGAGGAUUCACACUGGAGAAAAACCUUACAAGUGUUCACACUGUGACAAGAGAUUCAGUGAUUCAUCAAGUCUGAAAAGACAUGAGAGGAUCCACACUGGAGAGAAACCGUAUCACUGCACUGCAUGUGGGAAGCGUUUCAAUAAUUCAUCUGCUCUACACAGUCAUGCAAAAAACUAUCAUAAGUCGAUUGAAGAAAAUGAGGAGACUGAAGAAAUGAGUGAAGUUGAGGGAAAAAAUCAUAUUAAAACUGGAUCUUUCACCUGCACUCAGUGUGGAAAGAGUUUCACAUACAAAACAAGUCUUGAGCAUCACAUGAGAAUUCAUACUGGAGAGAAGCCAUUCACUUGUGAUCAAUGUGGGAAGAGUUUUACACAAUCAGCACACCUUAAGGAUCACAUAAACAUCCACAAUGGAGAGAAGCAGCACGCAUGCGAUCAGUGCGGGAAGAGUUUCACAAGAAAAGGACACCUUGCGGCACACAUGAGAGUUCAUACGGGAGAGAAACCAUUCACUUGUGAUCAGUGUGGAAAGAGUUUUGCACACACAGCAAACCUUAAGGACCACAUGAACUUCCACACUGGAGAGAAGCUGUACACAUGUGAUCAGUGUGGCAAAAUAUUUUUCUGGGCUUCAGGCCUGAAGCAGCACCUAAAAGUUCAUACAAAGGAGAAGCCACAUUCAUGUUAUUUGUGUGGAAAGAGUUUUUCAUGUCUGCAAUAUUUAAAAGUACAUCAGAAAAUACAUACUGGUGUGAGAGAGUACAUGUGCUUUGAGUGUGAAAAGACUUUUAACUCAGCAAAGUGUUUAAAACUGCACGAGAGGAUUCACACUGGAGAAAAACCUUACAAGUGUUCACACUGUGACAAGAGAUUCAGUGAUUCAUCAAGUCUGAAAAGACAUGAGAGGAUCCACACUGGAGAGAAACCGUAUCACUGCACUGCAUGUGGGAAGCGUUUCAAUAAUUCAUCUGCUCUACACAAUACUGUACAUACAGCCAAGAAAUCUUUCACCUGCACUCAGUGUGGAAAGAGUUUUACAUGCAAAACAAGUCUUGAGCGUCACAUGAGAGUUCAUACUGGAGAGAAACCAUUCACUUGUGAUCAAUGUGGGAAGAGUUUCACACAAUCAGCACACCUUAAGAAACACAUGAACAUCCACACUAGAGAGAACCAGCACGCAUGUGAUCAGUGUGGUAAAAUAUUUUUACGGGCUUCAGUUCUGAAGAAACACUUAAAAGUUCAUUCAAAGAAGAAGCCACAUUCAUGUAAUUUGUGUGGUAACAGUUUUUUGCGUCUACAAAAUUUGAAAGUAGGUCAGAAAAUACAUACUGCCGUGGGAGAGUACAUGUGCUUUGAGUGUGAAAAGACUUUUACUUCAGAGACCUGUACAAAAUUGCAUGAAAGCAUCCACACUGGAGAAAACCCUUAUAAGUGUUCACACUGUGACAAGAGAUUCAGUGAUUCAGGAGACCUAAAAAGACAUAAGAGGAUCCACACUGGAGUGAAACCUUAUAAGUGUUCACACUGUGACAAGAGAUUCAGUGAUUCAGGAGACCUAAAAAGACAUAAGAGGAUCCACACUGAAGAGAAACCGUAUCACUGCACUGCAUGUGGGAAGCGUUUCAUUCAAUCAUCUUGUCUACACAGACACAAUGGGAUCCACACUGGAGAGAAACCUCAUAAGUGUUCACACUGUGACAAGAGAUACAGUCAGUCAACAUAUCUGAAAACACAUGAGAUGAUCCACACUGGAGAGAAACCUCACAAGUGUUCACACUGUGACAAGAUAUUCAGUAGGUCAACAGACCUGAAAACACAUGAGAGGAUCCACACUGGAGUGAAACCUUAUAAGUGUUCACACUGUGACAAGAGAUACAGUCAGUCAACAUAUCUGAAAACACAUGAGAUGAUCCACACUGGAGAGAAACCUCACAAGUGUUCACACUGUGACAAGAUAUUCAGUAGGUCAACAGACCUGAAAACACAUGAGAGGAUCCACACUGGAGAGAAACCUUAUAAGUGUUCACACUGUGACAAGAGA